CCCCCCUGAACCCCCCAACUCAGGGCCAGGCCACCGACAUCGCCAUCCAGGCCGAGGAGAUCCUGCAGCUGAAGCGCCAGAUCAACGGGCUCUACGCCAAGCACACGGGGCAGCCGCUGCCCGUCAUCGAAGCCGCCAUGGAGCGGGACCGGUACCUGAGCCCGGUGGAGGCGCAGGAAUUCGGGCUCCUGGACCAGGUUCUGGUGCAUCCCCCGCCCCGCGGCGAGGACGAGCCCCGGCUGGUGCAGAAGGAGCCCCCCAACAGCCCCUCUGCGCCCCCCCAAAUCCCCCCAGCGUCCUGAGGCUGCUCCUGGCAGCGCUGGGGGAAGGUUUUUAGAGUGAGGGAGGGGGCUCCGGGAGCCGU